AUGUCGUUGUUAUUGGCACUAUUGGAAAGUUUAGUUGACUGUCUGAAGAAGUUUCUGGCGGCUCAUGUUUCGAAUGCGAUUCUCGCAGCCACGCAACCAUUCUAUCCAGCUCCCGUACAGGACGCACAACCGGACAGGCCAAUCGGUUACGGUGCAUUUGGAGUAGUUUGGUCGGUGACGGAUCCACGCAGUGGAAAGCGCGUAGCGCUUAAGAAAAUGCCGAACGUCUUUCAGAAUUUGGCCUCCUGUAAACGGGUUUUUCGCGAAAUUCGCAUGCUUUCAUCGUUUAAGCACGAUAAUGUUCUCUGCCUUUUGGACAUUUUACAGCCAACGAAUCCUCAUUUCUUUCAAGAGCUUUACGUGUUAACGGAGCUCAUGCAGAGCGAUCUGCAUAAGAUCAUCGUCUCACCACAAUCGCUCACCAUUGACCACGUGAAGGUGUUCGUCUACCAAAUUUUGAGAGGUUUAAAGUACCUGCAUUCGGCCAAUAUCCUUCAUCGGGACAUCAAACCCGGUAACCUUCUGGUGAACAGCAAUUGUAUCCUGAAAAUUUGUGAUUUUGGGUUAGCAAGGAUUUGGGAUGCACGAGAACGACAAAAUAUGACACACGAAGUCGUAACACAAUACUAUCGCUCACCAGAACUACUGAUGGGAGCACGAAGGUAUACAGGCGCCGUGGAUAUUUGGUCUGUUGGAUGCAUUUUCGCUGAGUUGCUGGCCAGGCGGAUAUUGUUCCAAGCACAAGGUCCAAUUGAUCAGUUGGAUUUAAUCAUCGACUUACUUGGCACUCCGACACCGGACGAGAUGAAGUACGCCUGUGAAGGAGCACGAAAUCACGUCCUUAGGGCUCCAUUCCGAGUUAACACCUUUCAUCGAAUGCGACAACUGAGUCAACACACAACUGACGAUGCAGUACAACUUCUAUCGAUGAUGUUACAGUUUGAUCCGGAUAAACGGACCACCGUCGAUCAGGCGUUGAAGCACAGCUAUCUGGAUGAGGGACGAAUGCGUUUCCACUCAUGUAUGUGUUCGUGUUGUUACACGAACACUUCCGUUCCUGGCAAUACGCGAAUCUUUAGCACAGAUCCUGACCCGGUGCACGAAAUGCCGUUCGAUCCAAAAUGGGAGAAAGAGUUGUCACGAUUGUCGAUGUUCGACCUACGUGAUCGUAUGUAUAGGUUCGUUACUGAACGAACACCACUCUUCGGUACGCCGCUAUGUAUUAAUCCCAGCUCGGCUGCCUACAAAAAUUUUGCCAGCUCUCGUCUUUCACCAUUUCCCAAGGUAUGUUUAUCCAACUUCACUAGGCAUCGUCGGUGGUGA